AUGAAAUCGCACGUACCAGCAGUCGCUGGCAAACCAGACCCUCAGAAGGGACCAUAUCAAGCCACUCCUUGGAAUAUCCAGCUCUCUGCAACGGACACACCAGGUUUCACUCAUGUUGAAAACCUGGAGCAGCAAAGCGCAGACCGGGCCUCGGAUCUAGUUAUGAGCAAUCACUCGAAGUUUCACACCUUUCAUGACGAAAUUGUGGGAUUCCACAACCACAUUAGCCACCAUGUUUUAACACUGUGGGCCUUGGGAGCUACUCUCGACGAGUUGCAAACUGCGUAUGACUUUAACAAGCCCUUUCAGCUUCUGACCUACUAUAACGAUCCCUCCGUCACCAUUAAAUUGCGUGAUCCCGAGUUCUUUCGGCAAGGACUAGGCAACUUCGAGCUAUAUGGAGACUAUGUGCGCUUCUUCCAGGCUGAGGUGGCGGCGAAGGGUAUCCCCACGGUCUUGAAUGACUAUCUUUUCAAGGGAGACACGUUGGCGGAGGAUCUGCUAGCCCGACUGUUUUCCGGCUUUAUCCACCCAUUGAUCGAUCUCGGAUUUGCCUUAGAGUUUCAACAGCCAUUUUUAGUCGCGGAAUGUCUGGCUUCAACGUGUCUGCACCCAUCGUACCCUGCGGAGUUCCUCAACGUGACUGAGCAGCAUUUGGAAUGCAACGGACGACCGCAAAGUCUCCCAAUCCUCUCCAUUGUGGAAGAGAUGCGUCUAGACCCGGUGGUCUCUAAAGCGGUCGGGCCAGAAGAUGGCAACAAUCGAAUGGCGGAUGCGCUGCUGAAACGAGCCCUGAAGGAGCUAAUCCCUCACUUGUCCCACUUUCAGGUACAGCGAACGGAGGAGGAUCUCGCGCGCAAGACGGCGGAGAUGCUGCAAGCCUCGGCCUAUAUCUGUGGUGCGGCCCAGCAUCCACGCAAAGUGGAAGCUCUCGACUUUGUUAUGCUGCAUACAUUGACGGCCGCCGUAUUCUUCCCCACAAUUAAUAGACAGAAAUGGAUGAGCAUAGAGACACGAGCUCGGUUAUUGGAGAGGAAAGUACGCUCCGACCUGGUCACCUAUGCGGCUCUGGGAUGCCCAAACUUGUACCCAGAUAGAAUCACCAGGUACCAACCCAAGCAAGCGGCAACUGGGUGGCCCGACGUGGUGCAGCGCGCCCGCGUCUACCAGGACGACGGACAUGCAUGCAAGGUCAUCCGGGCACUGAUGUGCGCCGAGAAUGUGUGCCAACCUUUCGAGGGAGAGGAAGGUUUCCCUUUGAAGAAGGCAGACUUUCUAACACUGGCACACAUGACAAUGGAUUCGGUCGAGCGUAUGUUGGAUCCAAACUGGGUGCGGCAAACCGAAAAGGUCAAGCAGAUGUCGGCUCAAGGGCGCGGACAGCACUCGCAGGUCUCUGCGAUCAUGUUGCGGUGGGUGCGUUGGUGUGGAGAUGAAGGAGCCUGGGAUGAUUUCCCAGAUCUGGAGGAGCUCCCCCCUUCUCCAUGA